AUGUCGAAAACUCUCUUUGACAUCGUCUCUGACUUCCCAUACCACGAGGAGGAACCAGCCCUCUUCGCCGAAAGCCUAAAGCCCUACCAUGCAUUCAAAGUACAAGGCAUCAAUGCAACUCUGGGAUACAUCCCAAACACCCUCGUGCGGAGUAUCCCCUGGCCAAAAGAACAUUGGCUGAUCGACUCCUCCGGGGCAGUUAUCCUGAUGACGCCCCCGGACAAUGCAACGUCCACACGCACUAAAAUCGUUCAAGACGCAAUCAACAGGAUGAUAGAAGCCGGAUAUAGGGACAUCCUGAAAGGCUGGCGCAACGAGAGAUUCCCAGUGUACGGGCCGGGCGGCGACGUGGUCCUGGAGAUCGAACGGUCAGCCAGCGCACUAUUUGGCAUUGUAACAAGCGGCGUGCAGAUGCUCUGCUAUGUCGAGGAUAAAAAGGAUGGUAUUCGCCUCUGGAUUGCCAAGCGCUCGAGGCAGAAGCAGACUUAUCCAGGUAUGCUGGAUUGCACGGCCGCCGGGGCCCUGAGCGUGGGAGAGUCACCGCGAAGUGCCAUGAUACUCGAGGCUACAGAGGAGGCGUCUAUCGAGCGAGAGAUUAUCGAGACUGGCAUGCGGUUUGUCGGGUCUAUCUCGUAUUUCCAUGUGAAAGGCUCAUCUAUUGCGGUUGGGAAACAGGAUGCCUCGACGGCUGUUCUGUUACCCGAGGUUGAAUACCUAUAUGAGCUUAAGCUUGAUGAAGGUGUUGUUCCCCGGCCGAAAGACUCAGAGGUGGAAGGCUUUCGACUUUGGAAUGUGGACCAGGUGCUUGACGCCUUGGGCAGUGGAAUGUUUAAACCGAAUAGUGCUGUUGUGGUCAUCGACUUUUUCAUUCGGCAUGGCAUCGUCACAUCAGAAACAGAGCCAGCGUAUAAUGAGAUUAUAGAGAGACUGCAUCGUCGGCUACCAUUUCCUACAGCACACUGGUCCACAUAA